ACCGAAAGAGGGAGACAGGGUGAAAGAAAGAAGAAGAGCGAAAGAGUGACAGGGUGGGAGAGGAGAACGACGGCAGUCCCCUAGCCGAAGAGAGCAUCAUCGCCAGGAGACGCCCCGGGAGUAUGCCAAGAUCACGUGGUAGGAGAACGUGAUAAGAGCCGAGGGCAAAUGAAGAGAAGAGCAGAGAAAAUAACGAGACGUCCGAGAGAAGCUGAAGGAAAGUGAGAAAGCGGAGCAGAGCUUUCGAGAAGUAAGAUAGCGAAACGAGAAAGAGAGGGAGAGAGAGAGAGAGAGAGAGAGAGAGAGAGAAGAAAAAAAGUAAAGCGAGAGAAGGUCCCAUGUUAGCGGACAUUAACGGUAACCUGGCGGAUCUGAGAAGCGAAGCUGCGAUGGCGUCGCAGAGGUUUUGUCUGCGCUGGAACAACCAUCAGAGCAAUUUGCUCUCGGUGUUCGAUCAGCUCCUGCACGACGAGUCCUUCGUCGACGUGACGUUGGCCGUCGAGGGCCAGUUACUCAGGGCGCACAAGAUGGUUUUGUCCGCCUGCAGUCCCUAUUUUCAGGCCUUGUUCGUCGGCCAUCCCGACAAGCACCCGAUCGUCAUACUGAAAGACGUGCCGUACGUGGACAUGCGCAGCCUCCUGGACUUCAUGUAUCGCGGUGAGGUGAGCGUCGACCAGGACAGGCUCACGGCCUUCCUGCGCGUCGCCGAGUCCCUGCGCAUCAAGGGCCUGACCGAAGUCAACGAGGACAAGUGCGACCUGCCAAGCAUCACCUCCUCGUUACUCGGCAAUCAGAACGCAGUGCCGCCACCACCCCCCAAUCUACACCGGAUAAACCAGCUCGGCCAGCACCAUCACAUGCCCCAGAAAAGGUACCACCACAUGUCGAGCCACCCACUGCUAGGCUCGGCGCUCACGGCGCCCAAGCGGAAACGCGGCAGGCCGCGGAAGCUGAGCGGCUCCUCGGACACGCCGAUAGACACGAGCCUCGGCCAGGAGCAGCAGUGUUCCGGCGCUGACCUCGUCCAGGGCUCGCCCGAGAUGAUGGAGAUGAAGAUGGGCCUCGACUUCCAGAGCGAAGCAGCGCAGAACAGCAGCGCCGGUAGCAACGCGUCGGCGGGCUCCAACGGCAGCAACGGGGCGACGAGCGGCAACGCGGCAAAGUCCUCCGCGAAGAAGGACGAGCCCACGGAGAACGGCACCGACCAAGCGGACGCGAUGCUCCUCGUCAGAAUCAAGGGCGAGCCCGAGCCAACGCCCAGCACGUCUGCCCAAGCUAAGGACGAGUCAUUCACGCGGCCGCUGAGUAGACAAGGGAGUGAAAGUUUUAAGCAAGAUUACGCACAAACUACGAGUACCAGCGGCGGCAGUGGUGGCGGCGGCAGUGGCGGCGGCGGCGGUGGAAGCGGCAGCAACAAUAACAACAGCAACCCGGCCGAGCAGCUGACGGAGAUGUCGGUGCGUGGGCUUAAUCUUUUCCGCUACGCCUCGAUAUCCGAGGGCAUCUACCAGUGCACCGAGUGCGCCAAGGUCGAUAUACAAAAGACCUUCAAGAACAAGUACAGCUUCCAGCGACACGCCUUCCUCUACCACGAGGGCCACCAACGCAAAGUCUUCCCUUGUCCGGUUUGCGCCAAGGAAUUCUCGAGGCCGGACAAGAUGAAAAACCACAUGAAGACCGUUCACGACUGCUUCAUGCCCAAGGAUUGCGUAAUGCCUUUCGGCUUCUUCCUACCGCCCUAG